UUUUUUGUAAAUAGUAACGAGGAUGUUUACCUUUACGACGACUACCUGCUGCGCGUGUGCCUGCAGCACCCAUUGAUUUUGUAGCGAUGCUACGAGAACUACAUUAACAAACCUAAACCAUGAGAAUCCACAUAAGUGUACCUGCAAUUGCAAUAGGCGUUUUUUCUGUGUAGUAAGUGUAACCAAACUUCUAGACGAGUGUUAGCUGAAGAGCUAGACUCGUACACGAGAGUCGCAUAACAAGCAAGAACCCAGUAUUUGCAAUAGAAAGAAGUCCUACCACCUUUAGUUCUACUCCUACAUAGAUAUUCUAGAUUACACUUUUUGCUGCAACGACGUUCGCCAUUCAUCAAAUAUUUUCGAUCGUGAACUAAUACUCCUCCUCCUAUUUUCGAUCGUGAACUAAUACUAAUUUAUCAUUUCAUGUUUCGCAGUCGCAGCUGGGCGGAUGCGGAGGUCCCGCUGCUUACGCCCGCUGCAGACCGAGGACAGAACGCAGCUAACUCUAACUUUUCAUCACGCACAAACUCGCCCGUGAAAGAAGAUAGCGCUAGUGAUACUUCUAUUCCACCGACGAGGAAAAUAUCAAAAUCUUUCAGUAUGAAUCCAAUCACCUUCACCAUGCUGAACAAAACGUCGUCGCUGCAAGGGCAAGAGUCAUCUUCUCGUAUUAUUGGCGGAGGAAACGCAUUGAUUAUCACGUCCGCUUCAUCAAAGACAAAGAACCACAACCAGCAAGCUCCAUCCCCGAUGCAUCUUCUGAGGCCAGUCCGUAGGUCGGAUGGGUCCUUUUCGCUUUACGACCAGCGGCAUGUGGACGCGACGCAGACCUUUGCCGGGAAAGAGAUGGACGCGAAGAAGUUGUUGUUUUUGCGCGGAAAGAAACUGAUCAUUCUGGAUCUGCUCAUCAUCGGAUUGCUGGCGUCUUUGAUCUAUCAACUGUAAAAAUGUCUGGGUCUGGAAGAAUUCAUGUUUGUCAUGCUUGCCUGGCAUGACUCCUAAAUCUGUCAUGCACGGUAGACAAGAGCUCCGUUUUUCUCUUUCUGUGCUGCAGAGCCGCAGUUUGUCAUGCAGAAUAGGCAACACCUAGGAGCUCAGAAACUUGUCAUGCUGAGCCAGCAUUUGUAGCCUCGUCAUGACACGCCACCCAGCAUCACAAGUUUCCAGACCCAGACAUUUUUACUUUUGAUAUGAUCGUCUUCCCUAAAACAGUAGGUGUGCAGUUUUACCAGGUGUACUGUGGGUUGCCGAUUUUGGGUUUGCCACUGUCUAUUGCGGUGUGGAACAACGCAGAUCUGCAGGAAGAACUGGCGAAGGAAAAGGGAAAUUUGCUGGACGAGAAAAAACAACGUGAAUUAGUAGAGUCAUACUCUGCACAACCAGGAGGCUCUUCCGCCAUUGGACCUCCUACUGCAAGUCCUGCACCUGGAGGUGCCAGUUCUGCGUCUCGCAGGAUUUUGCUUGAGCAGUCUACUCGCAGCGCCGCCCCUGAUGCAGCAAAAGAAAUAGAAUAUCUUUUUGGAAUCCGAUCCACAAGUACAAAAUCUUCAGUGAAAUGGAGCUCGCGGCAGCCGAUCCGCGCUGCAGCGUGGCGAGCCGUGGAGCUAUCUAGCUACUUGCCGAAGCAGCUACUAGGUGAGCCGGAGGAGGUUGCGAAACAAGCGACCAAGCCGAUGGGUGAAGGUGCAGAACUUGAUGUUCCAACGGCUGCAGAGCGGGCGGUGUCAGAUGAUGAUAAUAUAACAUUGGCCGCUGAAGAAACAGCGCCGGAACAUCAAAGACAGCUCGACGAAACAUCAACAAAAGACCAUCCACCGUCGAGCCAAGAAAUCCUAGUUCCGGAAUGCCUGAUCAGCGACAAUGACUACUGGUGGCCUCUUUUUCUUGCUUCCAUCAUCCUGUGGCGGUUUUUCGUGCGGCUGCGGGUUUCCUCGAAAUUGGAAAAGCUCCGGUCCUUCCGCACGGCCAGCAGCUUAUCAUUUAGUGGCGCCAGCGGUAGUGGUACCACGUCGGUCGCGAAGAGAUUGGAGAAGCAAUUUUCCGCUUCGGUGAUUGAGGAGAGGAGAAGCAAGACACAACAGUCGAAGUACAGUUUUAUCACGAGCUCGCCAUCGCUCUGCGACGUGGCGUGGUACUUGGUGUCUGGAUGCGGAAUGUUCGGCUGGAUAUGGCGGAGGGUGUUUGGCGGAAAUGGUGAUGAAAAUGCGACUACUAGUACAACAGCACCGUUACAAACAGGAGGACCACAACGAGGUAGUAAUACAGGAGGAGCUCCGGGGACGAGAGUUGAAGCCGCGAGCAACGUAUUGCUCCAACACUCUAGCAUGAGCGACGAGAAAAAAUUAAAGCCGCAACUCACGACACCGAUACAACAAUUAGAGAAGUCGCCGGACCACAAGCCGCCAAAUUGGCGCGAUGAGUCGCCGAGCCAGCUGGAAUCGGCCGCAACAAGGACGCUGCUGACAGACACAAACCUCGCUCUGGUGGAACAAGAACAGCAAAAUCGGCAAAAUGUUGCGACAAGAACUUCGAGCAAUUCGUUCGCUUGGCCCUACGGCGCUUCGGCCCCGAUGCGGGUCGCGGACGGCGAAGCGGACUUGGUGAUUUUCGGUAGCAACCACGGCCUAGCGGUGAGCGCCUUGGACGUGUUGGACGUCAUUGAGCAGCUACAACCGGACAUCAUAGCGGUCGAGUUAGACGUGAAGCGGUAUCUCGGGUUGUCAACCCAAGCGGACAUGCAGGAUGUGGUCGAGAAGAGAGAGCUGAAACUGAAUGCAAAUUCGACAACUUCUGCAGCGCUGCCAGCAGCUGCUGCUGCACCCAUGCAAACUUCCGUAGCAGCUGCACCGAAGGACUUCUACACCUCAUCAGCAGGAUCUACUGGUGCUGCUGCCUCUCAAGAACACGCGCAAAACCACCAGCUCCUGACCGAUAGAGUUCAGUUUGAGCAGUUGGAGGAUGGUUCCGGCACCGCGAGGCGAUUCGUCAUGAACCUCCCUGUUGCGGAGUGGAAUUUGCUCUUGCCAAAAGAGACUGCGUUUGACACGAAACCUGCGAAGCUGACGUUUUGGCCACCGGAAUUGGAGCAGGCCCUGCAGCAAUGGGGAGCGGAUGAGGGGCAGAGGAACAUGCCAUUCUAUCGGAGCAGUAUAGAAGAAUGAUGAUCUUUCCCCAGUUGAUGUAGUUGUAGUUAUGCUUCGAUGUAUUACAUCGGCUUGAUGAAGAGAUGCAUUUGUUUCCACCUACUGUGAUGUACAGUGACAAAAAAUUUGUUGUGCUCUUCAUGUAAAAUUUGAAUCCAAAACAGCCUACGCCUCCUCCGUCUCCUAUUUCGACCGCCCAGUCGAAAGAACCGCGCGCGUCUUGACCACCCUUGCCAACAGUUUUGUCGUCGCCUUCCCCGGUUCCAAGCUCCAUCCGAGACUUGUGGUACACUCUCUGGAGAGCGCCGGGGCGAAGGGCGUAUUGCUCUUACAGUGUGAAGAAGACACAGACUCCGGGUGUAACAGUUUGGAGCAGCAAAAGAGAAACAAGGUGCUAGACUUCUCACCCAUACCAAAAGCGAAAGUAGAUCAUGGGACUACACUAUCAACAGCAGAACCAGGACCACAGAGCCAAAAUCGACCUGCUCAGCCAAACCUCGACACAGACUUCGUCUUUGCGAGUUUUCCCAAGCCCUUACCGAGAAAGCGCAGCGACGUGGUCCACGACUUGCUUUUUUGCAAAUCCACCGCUUGGCGCACGGAGAAUCCCGAAAUCCCGUGCUUUUCGCUCCCGGACUCCCAACUUCUCCUCCAAAUCGCGAACAAUACUAAGUUUGACUUAUCCGCGGUGAAAAUGGUCAAUUUGAAACCAGAAACAACUACGUCCGGCACGCUACCCAAGACCUCCUGGGACGUCGUCAAUAUCAAGCAGUACCAGAAGGAGAAGCAAAAACGCCAGCAGCGCGCGAAGGAGAACCGUAAGCGGCAGCUCGCCUUCGCUAUCGCGCUGUGGCCCGCGUCGGUGCUGUACUUCGUCGCGGACUUGUUCGGGAUCCGGGCCGGCCAGGAAUUCCUCAACGCGGGCCGGGUGGCGGAACUGCUGAAACGACCGCUGCUCCUCGUCGACAGUUCCGACGAGGUGCUGGGGACGAAUUUUAUCACGAGGUUCCUAAAAGCCCCCCUCCAGAACGUGUUUUACGCGCUGCUCUUCUGGCUCGCGGUGCCGCGGUGGCUGUUCCAGUACUGCCUGUACCCCACGUAUUCCGUUGACAUGUAUGGUCUGCUGUUGACGACGUUGGGCCGCGCACCCUUGCUCGCGUGUCUCGCGCUGGUGGUCGCCUGCCAGUUUGUGUCCUGGGUGAUUUCAAUCUUGGCCUUCGCGAUUUACAACUACGUCUUGCUGUCGCUAAUGAGCGACAGUGGUUCAUCAUCUGCGAAGACAAGAAAAGCUGCGAUGUCAACGGGUUCUCCCAAUGGAGAACUACCAGACCAGACAACGUCGGCGCCGUCACUGAGCGAUUCCGCCGAGGAGGGACCGCUCCAGAAUUUUUUCAACACGCUGCUGUCCGCGGACGUGAUGGUGACGCUGUUUCUCUUUCUCGUGAUCCCGUCGUACGUGCACAUUAUGCUGACGCAGCGCAACCAGUUCAUGUGCUACAACGUGCUGCGCUACUUGGAAGAAACAAGGUUCGCACCCACUACGAUUUCCGACGAGGAAUCCGCGUCCAGUACCACCGACGGGGCGCCGGAAGCGGUGACAGAUCUGGAGAUCGGGUUGAACGCCGCGCCGAAGCGCAGAUUGGUGUUGGUCUGUGUGGGCGCGGCACACGGCCCGGGUAUGAUCGACCUCUUCCAGAGCGAAAAGUCGUUCCGCAAAGCCGUGGCGAAGCAGGGGGGAGGAAGGGGAAUGGCGUCGAACAGGAGACCACAUGCGGUGACGUUGACUGGUUCUGGUGUAAUGAACGCAGCGGCGUCGGAAUCACAUUCACAGCAAGUUCUAGAGAGACCAUCCUUGGGACCGGUGUUUAGCGCAACGAGCACGAGGAUCUUUGGAGGUGGUGGGCCUGAAGAUGUGACCACAAUCUCGACACGCUCCGGAACUGCAGGUGGAGGGGGCUCAUCGACCGCGGAUUACUAUCGGCUGGUAAACAGUCCGAGGGCAAGUUGA